AUGGACAAGGUGAGCGGUCGAUUUUUUGGUCGUUUUUUACUUAUUUUGUUGAUGGGGUGAAUUUUUCAUCGUGGGGGUGGUGUAUACUUGAUUUCUUUGCUAUGGGUUGGAUAUGGCGAUAUUAGUGUUAUUUAUGGCAAUGUUGCCGUUUGCCAAAAUGAAACUUUUUUGAAAUUAUUUUUUUGUGAUUGCGGUAUUUUUAUAUUGAUAUGUAGUAUAUUAAGAUGUGACAAACAUAUUUUCCCAUACGAUAGUAAUAUUGUUGUAGAAUUGUGAUUUGACAAAAUAAAAUUUUUUUUGUAAUAUUUUGAAUUUUAAAAAAAUUUCAAAAAAUCAAGCAAAAUUAUUACUAAAGUCUGCUUUUUGCAACAUGAACACACGGUAGUAGUGUAAUUGCUAUCGUAUGGCUAUUUUCUGUCACAGUAAAAUUUUUUGGUUUUUUGAAGUUCUACAAGUUUUUUGAAAUUUUUGAAAAAUUUAAACAAUUUUAAACUUGUGGUAAUGUAUCGCCCUACUUUCAGGCUCAGUUUUCGCGCGACGACAAAAGUAAGAAAGGCCGCCUUUCGUCAGUUCUCAACGGUCGUAUCAGCAAAGAUAAACCAAGAAGAAUCAAGAACGUUGAGGGCAUUGUGCGGUAAGCGUCUUACAGUUUGUUCAGUAUACAUUGAUUUUAAAAAAAAUUAAAAUUUAAAAUUUUUUAGCAGUUUUUUGCUCGAAAAAGCUUCUUUAACCCGUCUUUUUUAAUUUUGAAACUGAAACGAAGGCUUUCACCUAAAAUUUAAAAUUUUUUAAAUUUUGAAGUUUUAAAAAAGUUGAAAAACCUAGAGUUUUUCUUUUUCUUAACCUUAAAAAUUAAUUUUUGAAAUUCUAGUGAAGUCGCGACGUCCUUCCAAGAGAAUCCCCCAAACCUCAGUUUCCAAUACAUGUGCCACGCGAAUAAUAAUGCCUCGGGUCGUCUGUCUCGGUGCGAAAUGUGCAACCACUGGUAUAGAGGCUGA